AUCGUUGCCAUGUGUCACAGUAAAGUAAAACGAAAAAAAAAGUUUAGUGUGUAGUAAUCGUUAACUGUUUGUCCGGAGCUUUUUAUGUUCAAGACCCGAAAUCGAUAUAAAUGUAACUAGUUUCUGUAUUUCACAGCCUCGUAGUGCUUCUAAAUUACCGUUGUUGUCUAAAUCGUAACUCGUUACAUCGUAAGAAUAGUAAACCAAAUCAUAGUGAAAUAGUACUAAGCAAAUGCAUCUGAAAGUUAAAAUUGUUAAAGAUAUAUGGGACCAUGAUCCCGGUGUUGAUCUUGCUGAUGUAACGCUACAGCUAGGAAAAAUAGAAACAUCUCGAAAUGAUGUGAUCUUGCGCUCCAAAAAUGAAGAACCUCAGAAACAAAGCCCCUUAAAAACGCUAGAAUCGUUGGAGGAACCGGAACCACCCGAAGACGACUGUGGAGCGUCCGUGGAGAUGGAUUCGUCGAGUAUGAACACUUUUCCCCGGUCGAAAAAGGAUGCCGAUCGAAAGUACCGAUUCUUGAACAGCUACAGCUUCAAUUUCGAAAAACACAAAAAGGUAAAGGAGAAAAUUGCUGGAGCUAUCGAGAGGAAAAACGUCUUCCAGAUCGUUGGUCCAUAUCCUGCGCUGCGCAAAGCCCUUCGGAAACGAAAUUGGAUCGAAAAAGGUACUUACAAAAAUCCUCUUACCAAAGAUCUUUCUGUUCACAUGUUGCUCAAUAAAGCUCACGAAGGCAACGAAUACGAAGAAGCUCUGAUCACGAAAAUUCUGCGGCCGCACAAUGCCGAUUUCAUCUGGCAGAAUCGGAAUACGCGAGAAAACAAAAAGGAUGCCUCCUACACGCCUUACCGUAGCAGGAUCUACUAUGAGCGAUCCUCCGAUUUUACCAUGAAAGAAGGACUAGUCAAACUUAUCGAUUCAAUUCAGUGGUCCCAGGAGGAAGGCAUUGCCGAACUCGACUGUCCCCGAACUCAUCUGCUCAAUUCUGAAGACGCCAUCACUCGAUUCCUCGAAGACUUCCAGCUUACUACAUGUACCAGCUUUCUUUACCAUCUGAAUCGCUAUCUCGAUUCCAUGUUCAACGAAGAUGGUACCAAAUCCGUCGACAUUGUCCACACUGCCAUGUCGUUCUGUCGAUACCACAUGGCUUGCGCGCGUCACGAAGACAUCGACUAUCAGGAGUACUGCGAACCUUUGCUCACGCCGGAGGACCGAUCGACUAUUAUGGAAAUCCUACGAGGGGAAGCCAAAUUUGCCAUGCUGCCCGGGUACGAAAUACUGUCCCUAGUUGCCCAGGUGAAAAAAUUGGUCCUGGAAGCGACACGCUACUUCCAGGACAUGAAGAUCGAUGGGGUGCAGAAUGUGUGGAUCCUGAAGCCGGGAAACCGAUGUCGUGGGCUGGGCAUCAUGCUCUUCGAUGAUGACCGGAAGCUGCUGGAUUUCGUGGAUAGCAAUCCGGACCAGAAAUAUGUCGCACAAAAGUAUAUCGAGAGACCGAUGCUCAUUCACAACACCAAGUUCGACAUCCGCCAGUAUUUCCUGGUCACGUUCAUCAACAACCAGUUGAAAAUAUGGAUGUACCACAACUGCUAUCUACGGUUCAGCUCCCGGGAGUUCAAUCUGGACGAUUUCAACGAAUCUAUCCAUCUGACGAACUAUUCGAUCCAGAAGUACUAUUCCCGAUCCGAGGAAAGUCCGCUGCCGGUGUACAACAUGUGGUCCUGUGAAGAGUUCCAACGGCACCUGCAAACGCUGGGCAAGGGUUACUACUGGGAACGUAAAAUCUAUCCAGACAUGAAGAAGAGCAUCCUGGCCGUCGUUUCGGCCAGUGUCGAUGGCAUGAAAAUCGAGCGUAACAUGUUCGAGCUGUACGGGGCCGAUUUUAUGGUGACGGAGAACUUCCGAACUAUGCUGCUGGAGAUCAAUUCUAGUCCGGAUUUGUCCGCAUCGACGAAGGUUACCGAGACUAUUUGCGAGGCAGUGUUGGAAGAUUUGGUUAAAGUUAUCAUCGACAAUAGCAAUGAUCGGCGAGCCCUAACCGGUCAGUUCGAGUGUAUUUGGUCCCUGGAAAUUCCUCGAGUGGCUCCAUACGGUUUUGGAAUAUCGCUCGAAGGAAAGGCUUUGGGGCCGAAAGCGUGCUCUAAGAGCUCACUGGCAACAGGACCUCCCGCAUGUGCAAUGAAUCGUACCAGAAUAAAUACUUCGGACAGCUCUAUACUGAACGGUUCUGAUCGACCCGGUACCAAAGUCAACUGUAAAAGCCCUGUGGGUUUAGUAGUGGGACCUCCGAUGGGAGUACUUGGUCGACCUCGACCAUCCCUUAUAGGUAGCGCUAGCUCGUCGUUUUCCAGAAACGCAAGCGGAAGCAAGGGAUCGAGCGCAAGCAGCACACCGCCAAGCUCUAUGUAAAAAAGGAAGGAGCAAUGUGAUUCAUAAAUGUAUUUUGAACAUCAAGCAAGUUUCGUCGUUACCAAACUUAUGAGAAAACAUCACAUGUUAUAUAUUCAAAAAAGAGUGUUGCUUUGGAUAUCUCUGAUACAGUAGUGAUCGUUUUUUUGUACCAUCAUCUGAUAGCAAAUUCAGUUUAUCUUUGAAAAUAAAUGU